AGGCAUUGCGGUUUCCAAGAUGGCGGAUGUGAAAGUGUCCUAUCUCCGGCAGGAGGAAGCGGAGCGCGGGAAAUGUGACAAUUUAUGUAACAAUUCAUGUAAGGACUGAAAAGUUACAGCAUCCCCCCCACCUCCUCCCCGCCGGAAGUGCCCGCUCGGUGCAGACUGUCGGAGUGUUUGCCUUUUUUCAUUUGAAACGAGAAAAUUGAUCGCAUUUCCCUCCAGGCCAUGAAGCCCGGAGUUGAGGACACGGCACUUGGGCGGCAGCCGCUAGCGGCGGCCUCGGGAAACCGAAAGCGGCGGCUCGAAGCGGCCUUCCCCGGGCCCGGAGGUGGAGAGGAUCCGGACAAGGAGCCCCCGUCCCGGCGAUCAAACACGACGAUGACCCAGGCCCGGCCUGACCAGCAGCGGAUGCCAGCCGCUGAGGAGGGCACCUCUUCUGGGCCAACAAGCCCUGCAGAGACGGGCAUGAGCACCUCCGACCAGAGGGACUCGGAUGGUUUCAGCACUGACGAUGAGUUUCCUCUGGCGUUUCAUCGAAAAUCUGAGGAGCUGUCAGUGUACGAGAAGAAGCGACUGAAAAACAUUCAGGAAAAUGCCCGGUUCUUUGCAUCUUUGAAUAUGCUGCAGACUGCUGAAAAACUCAGAGAAAUCAGUAAAAAGCGGCAAGUAAAAAGACCGAAUGCAUCUAAAAGAAAGAAACUGCAAAGCUCUGUACAGCAGCCUAUAGUUCGCCGAUCGAUGCGUUUACUGAGAUUAGACCCAGGAGGUGCCCCACUCCCAGAAACACCAAUAGAAGUACAAGAGAAGGUGGAAGAGAGGAUUUCUGGACCACUGAAAAUGGUUCGAGAUGAUGAAGAAGACAGCAAAGUAACAGAGAAUCUGAUGAAGACAUGGCUGGAGAUAAGCCAGGGGGAGACGUAUACCGAAGAAAAACAGUCGGUUGAACUAAAAAUGUACAAGUCCAGUUUGCACAGGAUGACCAUGCAAGAAGGUCUUGUUGCUAAAGUGACACCAACCCGGGUCAGCUCGUUGGCCUUUCAUCCCUCUCCAUGCACCUUUCUGGUUGCUGCCGGGAGCACCUAUGGAUACAUUGGACUGUGGGAUCUGAGUUCCCAGGAGGGUACAGUCCAUCAGUUCAAGCCUCACUGCAACACUGUUAACUGUUUGCAUUUUUCACCUUCGAACUCGGCUGAGCUCUUGUCGCUAAGCAAUGAAGGGAGUAUUCGUUGUGGAAAUGUAGCUGCUGCUGUCUUCGAUGAGGUCUAUACAUCCGACACGUGGGAUACAUCUUCCUUUGACUUCUUGGCUGAAGAUGGUUCCAGAUUGAUUGUCAGUCACUGGGAUGGGAAUGUGGCUGUUGUUGACAGACGGACCCCAAGCACUUCAGGGGAACUGAAUGCAUUUCUGGGCGUAAACCAGUUUCGGACAGUCAGUGUUCACCCAGUGCAUCGUCAGUAUUUUGUAGCUGCUGGAACACGAUGUGUAGCUAUCUAUGAUGUUCGGAAUCUAAAAACAUCACCCAAAAAGGCUGUAGCUUCCCUCGAGGAACACACAAAGAAUGUAAACUCUGCCUACUUCUCACCAGUUACUGGUAAUAAUGUGGUGACCGUCUGCAUGGAUGACAGGAUCAGAAUAUUUGACACCAGUGCCAUAAUUCCCAGGAUUCCAGUUGUGACAUCAAUAAUACAUAACAAUUUCACUGGGCGCUGGCUGACUAAAUUCCGGGCAGUGUGGGACCCCAAAAGGGACGACUGCUUCAUUGUGGGUAGUAUGGCCAGGCCGAGGCAGAUUGAAGUGUUCCAUGUUACAGGGUCCAAAGUGCGAGAAUUCAGGGACGCAGAAUGGCUGGGGUCUAUCUGCUCCAUAAAUGUCAUGCACCCGACAAGGAAUAUACUGGUCGGUGGAAACUCCAGUGGACGCCUUCACGUUUUCGUCGAUGGCCCAUUGAGUGGGUAAUAGUGGAACUUCCUACAGAAUCUGAGGACCAAUGCUCAGUCACUGCAACAUUGAAGACAGGAGUCUAACUGGGUUAUGUGCUGUAUGUUGAGGAGAAAAGCCUCUGGAAGUUUGGUGUUUUGUCUGCCCUGUUCAGUAUAAAUUUUAAUUGAUAUAUAAACUGCUUAAGUGAAAUGGUAUACAGUUGAGAUCCAGUAACAUGUACAAACUAGAAAUCACCACAGAUCUGCUGGGUUAAAAGGGUAAAGGCAUGUGCAAUUAGGAGGCACUUUCAAACUGUACUUUUGUCUUAAAAAUCCCCACUGAAUGGAUCAGAACGACCUUUUUUUUUCCUGCUGGAGAGAAGAAAUAUCUCAUGGUAAAUGAGAAAAGUGUCUGUAAUAAAAUUAGAACAAUGUUGGGCUGUAUUAAAAUAUCAUUGAGUAAUUCAGAUUGGAAAUAUGAGUCAAAUAGACAAGGGUGUAGAUCUCAUUUACUGCUGAUGUCAUGUUCUGUGGAACCUGAUCAUUUUGGUAAAUCAGACUCUUAAGAGAUCUGUUCAGAUGAUUCAGGGCAUCUUUACUGAACACUGUUACACUUUCAGAGUUUCCAAAGCAAUCAGGAAAAGAGCUUGACCCCUUCGGAUCAGGACCGUGAGCUAAAAUGUCAGAAUUGGUGCUCACUUCACUUGUAGGAAGUCUGUCUCGACAGAUCCAUCACUGUGCUCCAAAACAAUGUUUACCUGUUGAGGAAGUAUUUUCUGUCUCUCCCACUGCCUCAGAAAACAAAACCGCUGAAAAUGCGAUGAUUUUAUUUCUUCUAUGCCCCAGCAUUGGUGAUAUUAUCCAGUGUAUCUCAGUUGUAAGGUCAAAUAGAGUUCUGCUCAAAAAUAACAGCAACUGAGUUAUUGUCUGUUUGAUUCUGUAUUUUCAGAAAAAAAAUUUAUAGUUACUCAUUCUGAGAUUUUAAUAUUACCCAUUUGAAUUUCUCGUGUAUCUGCCAUCAGUGGUGCCAUUAUUCCCUCUCUCUUUCCUCCUCCCUAAUGACGCUGAUCACUGCUAUAUUUCUUAAUGACAUCCCAGACUUUAGCUCAGAUUCGUGGGAGAAAACGCACACAAAUGCAAGAAAAAUGCAGUGAUCAGCAGGUGGAGCAUGGUUACUCAAGGUCUUGAAAGUGGGUCGUGGAGCAUACGCCUACUGCAGAGCCCACUCAUCAGAAUGUUUAUAUUUUCUUUCUAAAGAGAGUUGAAUCUUAUAGAGACAGUAUAAAUUUUAAUACCCCUCCAGAAUGUAGGAGCAGUGUUUCAUUUAUGAGGCACAGACUUCAAGUAUUCUUAGUGCAGAGCUGUUUUGUAUUUUUAUCAGUAGAGUAGCAGCAAUCUAUUAACAAUUUUAAAGAGAUGUUUCAGAUAAACUUACUUUUUCAUAUAGUUUACAUGCAUUAUUUGAAUGGCUGUCCUGUAAAGUAAUCUUAAACUAAUGUUUAGUGGCAAUGAUUAAUAUUCAAAAGAAUGAAACCGCACUGUGGCUGUUUAAGGAUCUGAAUUCAGUCAUUUUCUUUUGAGAAAAUAAGCAGUGGAAAUCUGUAAACGUGAUCAGAAACUGUCAGAUUAUGAAUAAAACCUCAUCUCGUUUACUUGUUUCCCUUUUCAGGAAAUAAACCUGUCCUUUCUUACCCUUA